AUGGCCUCCAACUUUAACGACAUAGUCAAGCAAGGCUACGUGAAAAUCCGCAGCAGGAAGCUCGGGAUUUUCAGAAGAUGCUGGCUAGUUUUCAAGAAAGCUUCAAGUAAAGGACCUCGAAGGCUAGAAAAAUUUCCAGAUGAGAAGGCAGCAUAUUUCAGAAAUUUUCACAAGGUAACAGAGUUACACAACAUCAAAAACAUAACCAGACUGCCUCGAGACACCAAGAAGCAUGCAGUAGCUAUUAUCUUUCAUGAUAAGACAUCAAAAACAUUUGCCUGUGAGUCAGAGCUUGAGGCAGAAGAGUGGUGCAAACAUCUUUGCAUAGAAUGUCUUGGAACUAGACUUAAUGAUAUAAGCCUGGGUGAACCCGAUCUACUUGCCGCAGGAGUUCAAAGAGAGCAAAAUGAACGAUUCAAUGUAUAUCUUAUGCCUACACCAAAUUUAGAUAUCUAUGGUGAAUGUACGAUGCAGAUCACACAUGAAAACAUUUAUCUCUGGGAUAUCCAUAAUGCUAAGGUUAAACUGGUCAUGUGGCCUCUCAGUUCUUUGAGAAGAUAUGGGCGUGAUUCAACAUGGUUCACUUUUGAAUCUGGAAGGAUGUGUGACACAGGAGAAGGGCUAUUUACCUUUCAGACAAGAGAAGGUGAGAUGAUCUAUCAGAAAGUCCACUCUGCAACACUUGCAAUAGCUGAGCAACAUGAAAGAUUGAUGAUGGAGAUGGAACAGAAAGCACGGCUUCAGACCAGUUUGACUGAACCAAUGACGUUACCUAAGUCAAUCUCACUUCCUCGUAGUGCAUACUGGCAUCACAUCACUCGGCAGAACAGUGUGGGAGAAAUAUAUAGUUUACAAGGGCACAGUCUUGCAAAGGUGGCUCGUGCACAGACAUUUCCCAGCUACACCUCAGAACAGGGUGAGGAGCAUGAGCCACGCCUGUCCCUUUCCAGCAGCUAUGGAUUCAGCUACAGCUCGGACCUUGUGCAAUGA